CACAAUAAUGGGUAAAAAGCAAACAAAGAGUGAUAAAAAAUACAAAUCCAAUAAAAGUUUGGUUAAAGCCAAGAUAAGAACUCAAAAGAUUGGUCAACAAAAGUAUAUUAGAGAAACUAUUAGAAAUGAAAAGCUGAAAAGAGAUGACCUUUCCGAUUCCGAACAAGAAGAACAACAACUUGACCAACAUUAUUUGAAGAUAUCUAAGAAGAAGGAUAAGAAGGAAUCAACAAAAAAUGAUAAUGGUAUAACUAAACAUGAAGUUGAGGAAUUCCUUGAAAAACUUAAACAAGAAGGAGGAAAAACAACAAAGGAAGAAGAAGAAGAAAUUCAACAAUUGAUUGCUAGUGUUUCUGAUGAUUCUGAUGAGGAAGUUUUCCACGGAGGUGAUAAGGAAGAGGAUGAUGAAAUGACUGAUGAUGUUACUGAUCAACAAGAAGUAGACGAAGAAGAUGAACAAUACUUUGAAAGAAUUGCAGGUGAAAUACAAGAAGAAGAUGAAAAGGAUACUAAAGAAUUUGGUAAUAGAAUUAAAGUAACAAAAGCAUUGAUUGCUCGUUGGGUUAAAAAGAUUAAAACUUCUAACGCUGUGCAACCAUUAUUCCACUUGAUUUUAUGUUUCAGAUCAGGUUUGAAGAAGGAAGGAGAAAAUCAAGAAUCAAAAAAGAAGGAAAAAGAACCAGAAAUUCCAUAUGUUGUUCCUGAUGUUGCAACAUUUGCAAGAGUUACAAUGGCUUGUGUUAAGUGUUUGGGAGAUUUGGCAACUAUUUUGACAAAAUAUGAACAAGGAUCAAACAAAUUACCAGCUAAACAUUCUGGAUGGAAACAAAUUAAAUUAGCUCUCUCAACAUUUAUUAAUGCGUUCCACCAAAUGAUGGAAAAGACUUUGGAUGAAAAAUUAUUGAUUUAUGUUUUGCACUAUUUCGUAAGACUCGUUCCAUUCUAUGGUUUAUUUGAAGCUCAACCAAAGAAAAUUUUGAGACUCAUGCUCAACUUGUUAGGUCAUUCCAAUGAAGAUGUUAGAGUUAGAGCAUUUAUUAUUAUCAAUAGUAUGGCUGUUAUUUAUCCAUAUCCAUUCCUAGAAUUAUGUAUUAAGGGUAUUUACUAUACUCUUUUGAGAAAUUCUAAAGGGUAUAACCCAUCUACAUUCCAUCAAAUUGAAUUUUUGAAGAAUUGUCUUGUAGAAUUGUCAACAAUCAACUUUACUAGUACUUACCAUCAUGCCUUUACAUACAUUAGAGAACUUGCUAUAACGGUGAGAAGAGCUAUGGACUCAACAGUUCAAAAUGGUUAUGCUUUAUGUUAUAAUUGGAAAUUCUUCCACUGUUUGGAUGCCUGGUCAAAGGUUAUAUGUGCCUAUUACAAGCAAGAAAAUAUUUCAGCACUUCUCUACCCAGUCACACAAAUUGCUAUGGCUGCUAUUGGUUUAACUAAUUCUGCCAAACAUUAUCCAUUCAAAGUUAAGAUUUUGACCAUGCUCAACCAACUUUCGAGAGAUUGUGACAAGAGUUUUAUUCCAAUUUCGCAAACAGUUUUUGAAAUUUUACAAUUGAAACAAGCUAUUAACACUCCAAAACAAAAUCAAAAACCACAACCAUUAUAUUUCGAAUUCAAACUCAAGGCUGUACCUGAGGAACUCAAAUCUAGAGAAUUCCAUCAAAGAAUCAUUGAUGAUUGUUGUUUCUUACUUUUGGAUCACUUGGCUAAUCAUAGUAAGUCUGUUGCCUUCCCAGAACUUUCCUAUCCAAUUACAAACUUUUUGAAGAAGUAUGUUAAAUCACAUACUGAAACACUCCAUUUUGGUAUCUCCAAGCAAAUAACUAAUCUUGUUAAGCAUGUGAAUGACAAUAUCAUUUUUGUAAACGAAUCCAAAUCCAAGAUUAAUUUCACUCCACUUGAAUUUGACAAGGUUAUAGAAUUCUUAAAGGAUACUGAAACACCUCUCGACAAGUACUAUGCAAACGAAAAGAAGAAACAAGACAGAGAAGUUUUGGAAAGAGUUGCUGCCAAAUUGGACGAAAAGGUUACCUUCGAGGAAGAAGAGGAUGAAGAAGAAUCUGCUCUCAAAGAAAUGGAAGAGACUAAACUUAAGAGAAAGAGAGGAGAUGAGUCAACUGAAUCCACAAGUGCCCCAUCUUCUAAGCGAACGGAACCAUCCAAGAAGAAGACCAAAUCAUCAAGCAAUGCUUCAUCAUCCAAUAAGAAGGAUACCCUUAAGGAAUUGGAUUUGGAAAACUUUUAAUUUGCUUUAAUAAAUUGACAAUAUUUUAAA